GAAGAGUUACAAAGUUAAAAGCUGGUAGAUGACGCCAAAGAUGGUGCAGCCCAUAAUAUGAGGGCCAACUGCAACAGCAAGUGGAGGGAUACAAUGAGGUUGGUUUGGAAAGAGGAAGAAUAUAGCUGCUCAUUUGGGACAUUGCGACAUUUCCUCUGUGUUGUCAGGCAGGCAGAAAAUCAAUGGCUUACACGUUUACUGGUCCCAGAGCUGAUAUUUAUUAGCAACAGAAGUCAAACGGAGCGUGGUGGUCAGCAGGGAGGAGGUACCGACUGUGUUCACAGAAGAAACAUUGUCCAUUUUAUUUCCCAGUUUGCACAACACCUCCACAGGGCGAGGACAGUAUGUGGACACUGGCUCUUCAGUUGGUUUUCACUGGUUUGUACUUACAGAUACCCACAUGCUACCCAUCAUGCCCUUUGUACGGCCUUGUAGCUGCUUGCGCCUCACAGAACUACUACUGGGUUCCAGCUCUGCCUCCCAACAUCACCCACCUCUACCUGGAGUUUAACUACAUCAGUGUGAUCAACAGCAGCUCGCUCCGAGACUAUGACCAGCUGCAACAGUUAGAUCUUGGAAUGCAGAAGGUGCCGCUCGUCAUAAGAAACAACGCUUUCCUCAGGCAGACAAAAUUGACACGGUUGGUCCUAGGCUCUAAUAUCGGCCUUCAGCUGGAGCCAAGGGCAUUUGCAGGACUGUUCAAUUUACAGCACCUCUUUUUGGAUUAUUGCAAUUUGUCAGACUCCAUACUGGAGGACAACUAUCUGCAGCCGCUGUUGUCCUUAGAAUUGCUUGAUCUCUUUGGUAACAAAAUUGUGAGACUCCGACCUGGAAUGUUCUUUUCAGAACUCACAAAGUUCACACAGCUGAACCUUAAAUUAAAUCAGAUCGAAAGGUUAUGUGAAGAGGAUCUUGUUGGUUUCCGCGGUAAAUACUUCACAUUCCUUAGCUUGCACUCCAAUCACUUAUACCACACAGACAGUGGAGAGUUUGACUGGGAAAGAUGUGGUAACCCUUUCAAAUGGAUGGGCUUUGAAAGACUUGACUUAUCCAGCAGUGGGUUCAGCCUGGACACAUCAAGACAGUUUUUUAAAGCGAUAGAGGGGACUCCAAUUGCUCAUCUUAUAUUCUCUGGACACCUGGGAAAAGGCUUUUCACACGACAACCUCCCCGAUCCAGAUGAAAGAACAUUCGAAGGCCUCGUCAGCAGUGCGGUUAAAAUUUUAGAUCUGUCUAGAAAUUUUAUAUUUGCUUUGCAGAGGGCUGUUUUUAGUCCUCUAAACGAUGCAAUGAUUAUUGACCUUUCCAAAAACAAAAUCAAUCAGAUUAACAGAAAUGCCUUCAACGGUCUUCAAGGACAUUUACGACUGCUCAACCUGUCAUCCAACCUCCUUGGAGAAAUAUAUUCUUACACAUUCACCAAUCUGACAGACCUUAGGGUGUUGGAUUUGUCUUACAACCACAUUGGUGCAUUGGGAUACAAAGCGUUCAGUGGUCUUCCCAAAUUACGAGCGCUAUAUCUGACAGGAAACUCGCUGAGAGACUUGGGCUUUCCCGAGUCAUUACCAAACUUAGAGUUUCUUCUUUUGGGUGACAAUAAGCUGCAGUCACUUUUCAGUAUCAUUGAUUUUGGAAAGAGCAGUAUCCAUGUGGACGUUGCAGACAACAGAUUAAACAACUUGCGGGAAGUUUAUGAAAUUGUCUCUAAGUUCAGCAAUAUCCAGAAUUUUUUCUUUGGUGGCAACCUCAUCAAGUGGUGCAAACCAAGCCCGAACGUUACAUUACCUCCUAAUAAUAGCUUGCAAGUGCUGGAUCUUCAUGACAGUUCCCUGCAGUUCAUCUGGGCGCAGGGGAACUGCCUCAACCUGUUUGAUCAUUUUGAGAAUCUACUCGGUCUGAAUUUGAGCUUCAACUCAAUCGCGACUCUCCCACAAGGGAUUUUCAGCGGCCUCCGCUCGAUCAUAGAGAUCGACCUCUCAUCCAAUGUCUUAACCUAUCUGCAGCCAGAUGUCUUUCCGGUCAGCCUGAGAAGACUAGACCUCUCAAAUAACUUCCUAGUGUCCCCAGACCCUAACACUUUUAGGUCACUCAGCAUCUUCAGCAUGGCGGAAAAUCGGUUCCAAUGUGAUUGCCAUCUGGAGAGCUUCCUGGAGUGGCUGAACAGAACGAAUGUAACCUUCCUGAGCCCAGUUAAGGAGUACAGAUGUGAGUUUCCAGCUGCUCUUCAUAACCUCCCUCUGCUCCAUUACGCCUCGAUCAUUGAACCAUGUGAGGAAGACGAUGAAAAGGCCGUCCAGGAUCUUAAGUUUGCUAUCUUCAUCUUCUCGGCUCUCCUCGCCAUCAGCCUCAUCCUCAGCGGGAUUGUUUAUGCCCGUCUCCGAGGGCACAUAUUCAUAAUCUACAAAAAGAUUGUUGGUAGAGUCCUUGAGGGCCCAAAACCAGUACCUCCUGCAGACGAUCUGCAGUACGAUGCCUUCUUCUGCUUUAGCGACAGUGACUACGGCUGGGUGGAGGCUGCUUUGCUGAAGAAGCUGGAUAACCAGUUUUCAGAGGAGAACAUCUUCCGCUGUUGUUUCGAGGCCAGAGACUUCCUGCCAGGUGAGGAUCACCUUUCCAACAUCAGAGAUGCCAUCUGGGGCAGCAGGAAGACCGUGUGCAUCGUCUCCAAGCAGUUCCUUAAAGAUGGUUGGUGCUUAGAGGCGUUCACUUUGGCCCAGGGCCGGAUGCUGGAGGAGCUGACAAAUGUCCUGAUUAUGUUGGUGGUGGGGAAGGUGGCUCACUACCAGCUGAUGAAAUACAACGCUGUCAGAGCUUUUGUCCAGAAGAGAGAGUACCUAAUCUGGCCAGAGGACCCCCAGGACCUAGAGUGGUUUUAUGAACGUCUCGUCUCACAGAUACUCAGUGACACUAAGGUUAAAAAGUUUGCAGAGGACAAAGCUGAGCCUGCACAGCCUGACAUUCAAAAUCCGAAUGAAGACAAUGUCCAGCUUGAAAACAUCCAAGCAAUUACCACGUGAACUCUGACUGCAUUGUUAAUGAAAACCUACUUCAACCAAGAUAACCAACCAAGACCAACAUCUACUCCACUGCAGUAUCACCCGUAAGCUAGCAUUCAGACUCCUGAACAGGAUGAGGAAGAAGUUUUCCCAUAAAAAUGCCAAUCCUGGGGUGGGGUUAUUUCAAGGUGAAAAGGAAAAUGGGCAUUAAAAAUAUUCAGAGGAAGUAAAGCAAAUAUGCUUCAUAGCGGAGUUCUACACAACCAGUUGAUUCUGCUCUUUGUGUUUAAAUAUAUUUGUGCAUUUGAGUGAUUUGUGGCACAGUGUUAAAUCAACUUAUAAUUCCUUUUCUUAUUAUUUUUCUGUUUUGAUAUGUACAGUACAAAGAAAUUGUGUUAUUAUGUCAAUGGUAUAAAAUGUUAGUUAGUGUGAUGUGUCCAAUUACCCAGGUGUAGUAGUAGUAGUAGUAGUAGUAGUAGUAGUAAUAAUAAUAAUGUGUGGUUAGGAUUUGCUAGUCAAUUGUUCUCAGUGAUAUCAGAUGUUGGUGCAAAUGCAUACACUACUCAGCCUAAUAGCUUGCAGGAUGAAGCAAGUUCCCAGCACGGUGAAUUAAUUAACUGAAGAAGCCUUUGAAAUUCCUGAGUUUUUAAGGUUAUUACUGUUUAGGUAGUGUAAAUCACUUCUCAAUGUGUAUCUUUUAUUUUCAUGUUUGCAAAACAAUUUUUGCAAAACAUUUUAAAGUCCACUCAAUGGGAUUCUUUGCUCCAAAACCAAACUAACGUCUACCUUUGGGGUUGAUUUAUCCAGUUUAAACCUCAGUUUGAAUGAUUUUAUUCAUCACAAAUGCAGUGGUCUUUUUUUUUUUUUUUUUUUUUUUUUUUUUUAAAUGAUGUAAUUCUUUAUUUUAAACGAAACGGGAUUAAACCUCCAAAAAAUAAGGAAAAAGGCAUGGGGUGAUUAUUCACGUGCCUCAUUGGGAAAAUUUAUGAAGGAUCGCUUUGGAUUUUUAUUUACAAUUUUCACCACUAGAUGGCGAUCUGUUAUUACUGACUCGUCAUGUCAGGCUUGAGUGAUCAGGGAAAACCCAGAGCUUUAAUAAGUGAGAGUUCAGUGAAAACCACAUCAAGGCUGUUUAUAAUUGCACUGGGUUUGUCACAAUUAAUGAGAAUUAAUGGCUAUUUUAUCUGCAUAUGAUGCCCUCUCUCUAAGCACUUGGGUUUUCUGGACUGUAAGAUGUGAGUGAAUCUGAGGUCAGCCGAUUUCCUUUCAUUUGAGCUGUGUGUCUGAAAACAGGAAGCUACUGGGCAGAGGAAAGCUUCCGUUCUGUUGGCCCCGGCCGCCUGUAUCCUCCCAGCCUUUAUGAGCCAGCUGUUCUGAACAUUACAGCCUGUCUGCAGGCUCCUGCUGCUUAUACACUGUGGACAGUCCAUUAUUCUGAACACAGUGCGACAUUAACAUCUGUCUGACCUGCUGUUAUUGUGCAGUUGUUUUUAUUUUCUGGGGUUGUUAACAGGUGUUGAACUUGAAAAUACUGUUAGUACCCCCAAAAUGUGGUGGGUAUAAUUUGGAUGUGCAUAGAUGAACUUGCGAUAAGCCCUCUACUAUUCUGAAGUAGACAGCCUGACAGCUAGGAUUGAUAAAUAUAAAGCCCAGAAGCAACAAAAGGCAGUAAUAGAUUAUCAGAUGAUUCCAAAAAUAUAACUGAAUACAUCAAUAAAUAAUACUUUUGGAUACAUCAAUAAAAUGGACUGUAAAAAGAAAUAUGUCUUUCCCCUUAAAGGUACAGUGUGUAUAAAGUGAGACCACUCUCCCCCCUGUUGAAUUCAUACACUAAAAAAUUAGGAGGCAGCAUAACACAUAAUCAGCUCAGUUAGCUGUGGAGCUAACUUAGCGGUUCUAUUAGCUGACUGAGCCCAGAUAAUAAAAUUUACAAUAUUAAUAUCAAUAAUAAUAAUAACUAUUUGUAUAGCACUUUUCAGUACAGAUAAGUUGCUUUACUGCUCUUCGAUUAAGUUGGUGUCACACAGUGGUGUACAACAAAAAAAUAUACUGUAUGUAACAUAAAACAAGUCAUUAUAAAAUGAAUGGGCUGGAAGAAGUUUAUUUAAGGAAAAAUAAAUGUUGCACACAGUGGUUUAUAGUUAAUAAAUCAAUAAAACAAGUUAAUAUACAAAUAAUGGAAAAUUAAAUAUGCAUUACAUGUUUUUUUGUGGGAAUGUGUCUUAAUGCAGCAGAUGGGGUUUCCUUCCUUUUAGUCUAGUGUUUCAAACAAUACUUUUGGGUUUGAGGUAUUCUGAGCGAUCUGGGUGGAAAAGUAAUUUGUUUGUGUAUCUCAUGUUAAAACCUCUGCUAACUUGAAUGGGGAUAUAAAAAACAUUAUUGGCAGCUCUUCCAGACUUUCCAAAUGUCGAAAUUCUGAGUCAUUUCGCAGGGGUAACUCAAAAAAAAGUUCCACCAUUUUACAGAUGCUUUUUCACAAUGUUAGUCUAUGGGGAAGUCUUUUGGGGCAAGUGAGCGCACAUGACAGACCGGGAAGUUGUAAUUCCAUGGUUUGGCCACUAUGUCAAAAUGUCUUCAGCGCACGGCACACGUCCUGGGAGCUUGGCUCAGUGGUGCAUGAAGGCGAAAAAAUCUGGGUUAAAUAAUUACCCGGAUAUUGUGCAUAGCUUACGACCCCUCAGGAGGAAGUGCACUAGCAUUUCCUUUAACCCCACCUCCCUUGGCAAUUAAGGCGGCCCAUAAAGCACCAGAGACUUUCACCAGCUGAGCUGGCUAACUUCCAGAUUACCCCUCUGUUAAUUUGAAUGGGGAUUAAUUGAUUUAAUCGUGCAGCUCUUCUAGACUUUCUAAAUGUUACUGGACUGAAAGGAUCAAUUUUUCAUAGUGAAACGUCAUUUCAUGUGGGUUGUGACACUCAAAGAAAUGUACCAUUUUGCAGAUGCUUCUUUCACAAUGUAACCAGCUUUCACAGCGUCCCAUUAGAUCACAUUUCUACUUCUGAUUAGUUAGUACUUGUUGCUUGGGUUGGUUAAGGUUAGGGUUAGCCAAUCAGAGGCAUAGUAGGGGGCAGGUCAGAGUUGUCAAAAUCUGGUGGGGAAGAAAUUAUGUGGUCUACACUUCUGAUAAUAAAAAUAGGAGUAACAAUA